AUGUUUAUCCGUCAAAAGUGGGUACACUCAAAAUAUGAACACGCGUUUCAAGCAUCGUUUUUUAUAGAUACGAGAUGGCUCAAGUGGUUAGAGUGCGAAUUUACUGGUCGGAAGAUCCGUGGUUCGAACCCGACCUCCGCCUCUCCUCUCGACUUGACUAGGUUUGAGCAACGUGUCAAUAUCUCAGCCCUCGUGUUUCCUUCAGGUGGUAUGGCAGUUAGGCAUCGAAAGGGGGCGAGAUGGCCCAAGUGGUUAGAGCGCGAAUUUAAUGACCGGAAGGUUUGUGGUUCGAAUCCGACCUCCGCCACUCGACUUCCCCUGUCUAGGCUUGGGCAACCUGGCAGUAUCCCAGCCCUCGUGCUCCCUUCAGGUGGCAUGGCAGCUAGGCACCGGAAGGGUGCUACAGCUGAACGCUCUUCUCUCUCUUUAACACCCGUGUCGAUGGCCAAUUUCAUAGACGCCAAAACUUCGACCGAAAAUUCAGUUGAUGUUAACGAGGGAUCUAGUCGCAGUUCAGCGAACGUGUCGAUCACAAUAUUCUUCAACCGUGAAUGUCACGUGUUCGUUUCAGCCGUAAUACCCUUUCGAUGCCUAACUGCCAUACCACCUGAAGGAAACACGAGGGCUGAGAUAUUGACACGUUGCUCAAACCUAGUCAGGGUAAGUCGAGAGGCGGAGGUCGGGUUCGAACCACGGAUCUUCCGACCAUGCCUAGUGUCGAAGAGAAAAGACACAGAGAAGGGAACACAACAGCUGUAUUCCGAACAAGCGAGUGAGGGAGAGAGCAAAAGUUACAACGACCCCACGCUGCUUAAAAGGGACUUUCUGACAUUGAUCCAUGGUUUUCUGAUAGGC